AUGUCGUCGUCCGCCGAAGCGCCGUGCGAGGCGGCGCCGUGGGUGGUGGGAGUGACGGCGCGCGCGCCGAGCAACAUCGCGGUGAUUAAGUACUGGGGAAAGCGCGACGAGGCGCUUGUGCUGCCGCUUAAUGGCAGCGUGAGCGUGACGCUCCACGUGGACCAGCUAGCCGCCGAAACCACCGUCGCCGUCAGCCCGUCGUUCACUGCGGACCGGCUCUGGCUCAACGGCAAGGUGCGUUCCGUGCAGGUCGUACCUGUUCAUGGCAAGGUGCGUUCCGUGCAGGUCGUACCUGUUCAUGGCAAGGAGGUGGCGAUGAGCAGCCACCGCUACAGCAACUGCCUGGCUGCCCUGCGUGCACGCGCCUCCUCCACGCACUGGCGCCUGCCCGCUCCAGGGACCACACAGCAGGGCGGGCAGGGAGGGGGCGAGCAGGAGGAGGUGGAGAUAGGAGCGGGGCAGUGGCAGCAGCUGCGGGUGCACGUGGUGUCGGCUAACAACUUCCCCACCGCUGCUGGCCUCGCCUCCUCUGCUGCUGGCUUUGCAUGCCUCGUGUUCGCCCUGGCAGAGCUCAUGGGAGUGAAGGAGGCAUACCCGGGGGAGCUCUCAGCCAUCGCCAGGAUGGGAUCUGGCAGCGCGUGCAGGAGCCUGUACGGCGGAUUUGUCACGUGGGACAAGGGCGAGAUAGAAGACGGGAGCGACAGCAUGGCGCGGCAAGUCAAGGCAGAGGACCACUGGAGCGACCUGGUCAUCAUCAUUGCAGUGGUGGAGGAGAGGGAGAAGGACAUUGGCAGCAGCGAGGGCAUGAAACGGUCCGCCCAGACCUCCAAGCUGCUGCAGCUGCGCGCUGAGCAUGUGGUACCAGAGCGAAUCACAGCAAUGGAGGCAGCCAUAGCAGCGCGCGACUUCCCCUCAUUUGCACGGCUGACCUGUGCGGACAGCAACCAGUUCCACGCCACGUGCCUCGACACGGCGCCGCCCAUCUUCUACCUCAAUGCCACGUCGCGCCGCGUGAUUGGCUUCGUGGAGGAGUUUAAUGCUCAGGGGGAGCAGCCAAGGGCAGCGUACACAUUUGACGCGGGGCCCAACGCGGUCAUGUUUGUGGAGCGCCACAACGCCACGCACUUCCUCUCCGCCUUCCUGCAACGCUUUCCCCCACCCGGCAGCAUCCCACUCUCCAGGUAUUCCUUCCCCCCACCCCAUCCCCGCCUCUAUGAUUUCUACGAACCAUGUCCCAUCCAUCUCACACCCCUCGUCCCGCCCAUCCACCUCACACCCCUCCUCGUCCCACCAACCCUCACUGACUCUCUCCCUGUGUGCAGCUAUCUCACCGGCGACACCUCUCUUGUCUCCGUGGAAGCGCUUCCCCACGCACAACCACCACCACAACCAUCACCAUCAGAAGCAAGCACGGCAUCAGGCGGCUUCUCCCCACCCCUCAAGUACAUUCUGCUCACCCGCCCAGGCCCCGGCCCCCACAUUGUAUCACGCUCACUUGAGGGCUCUUGGGUCAACCCUUCCACUGGGUUCCCACUUUAG